AUGAAGCCGGGCAUGUGGUCCUGGGUCGCCCUAGGGAUGCUGCUGGAUUUCCUGGCCCUCCACAUGGCUUGGAGGUGGAGGCCCUCGCCCUCGGGGAACCCCCUGGCUUUCUUGUGGGCCGUCGCCGUGGGGCGCUGCGUGUCGCUCGCCCUCGCGGGGGGCACCCUCGCCCGCUCCGGAGAGGCCAAGCUUCCCUGGAAGCUGUUGCUGCAAGGCGCCUUGGUCCUCUCCUUCCAGAUGCCCGGCUACGUUAGCCUGCAGUACCUCUACCAGCCGGAAGGGGGCGCCCUGGAGCUGGCCUACAGCUGGGGCAGGAGCGAGGUCCUUGCCCUCAACUACCUGGGGUUGGGGUUGGGGAUGCUGCUGUUCCAUCUCCUCCUCCCUUCGGGGGCCACAGGAACGGAAAAGAGGACUUCGGCCUCCUUUGGGCGCCUCAUCGCCUGCCUGAGGCCAGAGGUGCUGCGGUUUGUGGCCAUAACGGGGCUUAUGGUGAUCUCCUGCAUGGGGGAGAUGGCAGUUCCAUAUUAUACCGGGAAAGUGACGGACUUGCUCAUAAGCAAGAAAGGAGCCUCGGCCUUCAAGGAUGCUCUUUACAUGAUGACUUUUUUCACUCUGGCCAGUGCUACAACAGAGUUUCUCUGCGACUUCCUGUACAAUACGGUUAUGAACCGAUUUCACACCCGCUUCCAGGGCUCCGUCUUCCGGUCUGUCCUGCGCCAGGAGAUCGGCUUUUUCAGCACUAACCGAACAGGUGACAUCACUUCCCACAUCUCGUCCGGCAUCGAUGCCAUGAGCGAAGCCCUCUCGAACGAUCUCAGCCUUUUGAUGUGGUACCUGCUCCGAGGCGUCUGCUACUACGCCAUGAUGCUAUGGAUCUCUGUGCCUUUGACUUUCUUUGUCACCGUAGCCCUGCUCUUCAUCCUGCUGUUGCCGAAGCUCACAGGGAGCUACUACCAGAGUUUGGCCACGCAGGUCCAGGAGUCCUUAGCCAAGGCUAACGAGGUCGCAAUGGAGACCUUCCAGGCCAUCUCCACCGUCCGCAGCUUUGCCAACGAGGACGGGGCGGCUCAGUGCUACGAAAAGAAGUUGGAAGAGACCUACCAGCUCAACAAGAAGGAGGCCGUGGCCUACGGUGCCUCCCUAGGGGUUCCUGAGAUCUUACAACUGAUCCUCAAAGUGGGGAUUCUCUAUUAUGGGGGACACCUGGUCACUCAAGGGAAGUUGAGUGGUGGAGCUCUUGUUACCUUUGUCCUGCAGGAGAGUGAGCUGUCCACAGUGAUGCAGGUCCUCGUUAGGUCUUAUCCCUCUGUGCAAAAAGCCGUAGGUUCAUCAGAAAAGGCUUUUCAGUAUAUGGACCGGACACCCCAAAUCAAGCCCUCGGGAACGCUGGCACCCGCAAAUUUAAAAGGAUACAUGAAGCUUGAAAAUGUUUGGUUCUCCUAUCCCAGCAACGGCAACUCUCCAGUCCUGAAGGGAGUGUCUUUAGAGCUGAGUCCUGGUACUGUGACUGCCUUGGUGGGCCCCUCCGGGUCCGGGAAGAGCACGGUGGUGGCCUUGCUCCAGAGGUUUUACGAGCCUGACCAAGGGCAGGUGGUGCUGGACGACGAGAACCUGAGCGAAUACGAGCAUCACUUCCUGCAUCAAAAGGUGGCGCUGGUGAGCCAAAAUCCCAUACUCUUUGCCCGAUCCUUGCGUGCCAACAUCGCCUACGGCUUGGAAGACCAAAGUCAAGAGAAGGUGAUCCAGGCUACUCAGCGUGUGGGAGUCCAUCGAUUCAUCUCCACAAUGAGCCAUGGCUACGACACAA